UUAACGUCAUCAUUCCCCAUCCCCGGUUCCGGUUCGGUCCUGGUGGCGCGGCCCGCAGCGGGGCGGCGGCUCUGGGAGCCCCCGAUGGCCUCGAGCACCGCCCGCAGGCCGCCGUGCCGGGAGCGGAGUCUCCGGGAGCGGCCGGGACAACGAUCGGGUUCUGCCGGGCGGAACCGGAGCCGUAGUGGGGAGCGGGAGGGUGAACCUCGAGUACUCCGGGAGGAGCUGCCGGCGGGAGAUCGGGACUGUGAGGAUGGAGAAGAAGCUGCCGAAUCCCCGGAAAAACCUGUGCGGCCCCAAGUCAGCCCCGCCGGGGCGGCUCCGGGGCCCGGGGAGAGCUCUGCGAACGGGGCCGUGCCGGCGGCACGGGCGGCCGGGAGGCGCGGCAGGAAGGGCAAGGCCGAGGUGCUGCUGCUGGAGCUGUCCCGGGCCCCGGAGCCCGUUCGGAUGGAAAAGCGGCUCGGGAGCAGCGAGGACGGCCUGGAGACCCCGCGGGGCGGGCGGCCCAAGAGGAAGGCAGCCAAAGUGGAAUGUGUUUGGAUCCAGGAGCCCCUGGCAGGGGGCAGCAGCUGCCUGUGGCAGGAGGAAUUUCCUUGGUUCCUGACAGAGCAGGAGGAGCUUAUUGGUGGUAGCAGGGCAAGCUCCAGGGAGUUCAGGGUGCGGGGAGGCCGUGUGCUCAGGGCCUCCGGUACAGCUGGAGCAGAUUCACUGCCCAGACCACGGGCUGGAAGGGGGGAGGCAGGGCUGGCCCACCCCUGUGUUAUCCUGCUGCUUACCUCCAGGCACUGCCCUGCUGUUCCAGGGCUCUGCUGUACCUGCAGGAGCUGGCGGAGGAGCUGGCGCCCACGUGCCAGCCCCCCGUGCCGGCCGAGGGGGCGCCGGAGCCAGAGCACGUCCCGAGGAAGCGCCGGGGCCGGAGGAGGAAGGAGGAGGACACGGACAGCGAUGACCCCACACAAGAUGCUGACUUCGUGCCCUCACAGGAAGGGCUGCAGGCAGAGGAGGAGGAGGAGGAGGGCAGCGACACGAUGUUCAGUGAGGUGUCGGAGCCAGAGCUGGAGACACCUCGAGGGCACGGCGGGAGGACGGCAGCCACAGGGAUCCAAGCCCCAGUGCCGAGGCCUCGCCCCCAACGGUUUCCACAACUCCAUCAUGGCCCCAGUGGAAAAGAGCUCCAGCCUUACCUGCAGUCUGCGGGAGCAGAAGCACUCACAGUGGGAGUUCCCUGACUGGAUCCCCGUGGCACACAGGUGGACGUGUCUCUCUGACAGCGAGGCUGCCCCGUACCUGCCGGCAGAGGAGAAGUCUCCCCUCUUCUCCAUUCAGCGUGAGGGCAUCAAGGACGAUGGUGCCUUGUACAGGUUAAACAGGUUCAGCUCUCUGCCGCCCCACCCAGAGCGCCUGGAUGUCUCCUUCUUCGUGGGCGGCCCAGUGUGGGCGAUGGAGUGGUGCCCGACCCCGGAGGGCUCUGCAGCCCCGCAGUAUGUGGCCGUGUCCUGCCACAGGAGCAUGGAGGAGACGCACAGCGUGUCUGGGCUUCACUCAGGCCCUGCACUCCUGCAGCUCUGGGGCCUGGGCAUGCUGCAGACGGAGCAGGGCUCUCCCAACAAGGCCAGGCUGGCCUAUGCCAUCGCCGCCGACUACGGCUGUGUGUGGGACAUGAAGUUCUGCCCCAGUGGUGCCUGGGAGCCACCCACUGCAGCCAGGACGCACCCACAGAUGAGCCGGCUGGGCCUGCUGGCAGCUGCCUUCUCAGAUGGCAGGGUGGUGGUAUAUGCCCUGCCACACCCUGGGGCCCUGCACCACGCCAAGACAACCCAGGUAAAAGAUGGGUCCCUCCACAAGCACCUUAUCUGCAAGGUGCAGUGCAUCGCCACGCUUCAGGUGGGCUCCAUCGAGGCAGGUAAUGCAACUGAGUGUGGACAGUGCUUCAGUCUCUCCUGGAUGCCUUCCAAGCCCCACCAUCACCUUGCAGCAGGCUUUUAUGACGGCACCGUGGCGGUGUGGAACCUGCUCACCAAAUCCCUGCUGCAGUGCGUGCACCAGCCUGAUGCCUCCCUCAAGCUCUACCCUUUCCGGUGCUUUCUAGCCCAUGACCACGCAGUCCGGAGCAUCGAGUGGUGCAAGGCUGACAGCAACUUCCUGGUCACAGUAGGCAGCGAUCGCAAGAUCAAGUUCUGGGACCUGCGUCGGCUGUAUGAGCCCAUCAACAGCAUCAAGCGGUUCCUGAGCACUGAGGUGGCCUGGCUGCUGCCCUACAACGGCAUCACUGUGGCCCAGGACAACUGCUAUGCCUCGUAUGGGGUCUGUGGGAUCCACUACAUCGACGCCGGGUACCUGGGCUUCAAGGCCUAUUUUGUGGCCCCUCGCAAGGGCACUGUGUGGAGCAUCUCUGGCUCGGACUGGCUGAACACAGUAGCUGCAGGUGACAUCACCGGUGAGCUGGUGGCAGCGGUGCUGCCUGACCUGGCUGUCAACCCCCUCAACGUCAAGCGCUCCUCAGACCGCAGAUUUCCGGUGUACAAAGCUGACCUGCUGCCGUGCAGCCCUGAUGGGCCUGAGUGUGCCGAGCAGGCACUGCCCAGGACCCAUCGCUACAGUGAGAUGGUGGCCAGGAGCUACAUCCGAUUCCAGGACACAGACCUGCGCAGCUUCCAGAACUUCCCAAGCCGGGAGCCCAUGCGCCGGAUGCACAAGCAGGAGCUGAAGGCAGAACUGAGCCUUGACCGCCUGCAGCUGGAGGCCCUCCACAAGGUGCGCUUCAGCCCCAACCUGGACUCGCAGGGAUGGCUGGUGUCGGGUGGGCAGGCGGGCAUUGUGCGGGCACACUGCCUGGUCGGGCUGGCCUCUGGCGUGGGCCACCAGCUGCUCCCAGAGUGCCAGGCCCGCUUCAGCGUCCUCUAUGGGGACACAGCCAGCAGCCCUGGCCCCCCUGAGCACUCCCUGCUGCCAGCAGAGUAGGGCUGUCAGUCCCUCAUGCUGCUGCCAUGUGCUCACCCUGGGCAGGGGCUGGGGCCAGCUGUGCUGGCGUGGGGCUGUUGGCCCCUCAGUGCUGCUUUCCCUAUGGGUGUCUGCUGCAGGAGGGACAGCUGCUCCCAGACAUUCUCUGGGAUGCUCUGAAUGCUUGUCCUCAUGCUCUGGGCCUGGAAGGGUCUGUCUACACUGUUUGGUCUGAGCUGGGCAGGGGUUGUGGGACCUGCACAUGUCCCAGGGCUGAGCUGUGGGUCUGACCCUGCGGACCCUUCACCAGCGUGGAGCUGUGCUUGUGCUCGCCUCCAUCCCUGCUGUGUGCCAGAGGGCAGGGAAGGGGCUGGGAGCUGUGGAGUCGCUCACAUUGAGCUUGUGUUCAGCUGUGCAGAAUAAACGUGGUGGUUUUGUAUGGA